CGCGCUCUGAGCGCCGGCAGCCGGCCUUCCCGCGGCGGCCUCCAUCUCGCGUUCUGGCCGGCGAGGCCCACGGGAGCUGCUGCCCGUACUCAAGAUGGCGGUACCGGGAGAGCUUGUCUUAUGACCCAGGCGCGGAGGUCUAAAGCUCAUGGCAGCGGCCGAGCAGCCGAUCCGGGAGGACAGAGAGGAGGAAGAGGAUGAGGCAGAGCAGUUUGUUCUAGUUGAAUUAUCGGGAAUCAUCGAUUCAGACUUCCUCUCAAAAUGUGAGAAUAAAUGCAAGAUUUUGGGAAUCGACACUGAAAGGCCCAUUAUGCAAUUGGAUAGCUAUGUCUUUGCUGGGGAAUAUGAAGAUACUCUUGGAACAUGUGUUAUAUUUGAAGAAAAUGCUGAACAUGUGGAUGCAGAAGGCAAUAAUAAAACACUGCUAAAAUACAAAUGCCAUACAAUGAAGAAACUCAGCAUGACAAGAACUCUUCUGACAGAGAAGAAGGAAGGAGAAGAAAACAUAGGUGGAGUAGAAUGGCUACAAAUGAAGGAUAAUGAUUUCUCCUACAGACCUAACAUGAUUUGUAGCUUCCUACAUGAAAAUGAAGAUGAAGGUGUAGCUGCAGCCUCAGAUAAACCUUUGGAAUUGGAAGAGCGGGAGAGUCAAAUGAAAGACAGUUCAAACCUGAUCUAUGAACAGGAGAAAUCACUGCAUUUGGAAACAGAGGAGUCAAGUCCUCUUGUUGAUAUCCCUUCUUCUGAGAUGGAAGGUUCUGUUUUUACGGAAACUCAAGGUGCUCCCUUGGAAAUCACUCCUAGAUGAAAUGAUUUUCAUAUUGUUUUUGUUGGCCAUACAUUUCCAGUUAUAGCACAAUUUUAAUAUACCAUAAUCAUUCAGGACCAGACAUUCAUUAAAUUUUUUAAGUAUGGUUUAAAUGAUUAUAGGGUCAUUUCUCUUUUAUUUUGAUGAGUACAUUAAACUGGGAGUUUACCAAAGUAAGAAAAAAUUUUCUAUAGCAGCUAUCACAAAUUACUAUAAACUUAGUGACUUAAAACACAAAUGUACUGUCUUGUAGUUUUAUAAUUCAGAAGUUUGACACUGUCUCAGCCUAGCCAAAAUCUAAAUGUUGGCAGGUCUGUGUGUUCCUUUCUGGAGGCUGGGAUGAGGAUGAAUCCAUUCGCUCGUUCAUUUGUUGGUAAAAUUCAGUUUUUUGUAGAUAAAGUAUUGAGGUCCCAUUUCUUUGCUAUUUGUCAGAUAAAGGCCAUUUCUAGAGACCACCAUAUUCCUUGGCUCAUGGUCCCCUUGUCUUCAGAGUUGGUGUGUGCCACCGCACCUGGCUUCUACUUCCACUUUUAAAGUACUAUUUAAUUACAGUGGGCCCACCUGGAUAAUUUCCCUCUUUAAUUUGACUGAAUCUAUAUCUGGGUGCGGUGGUGUAUGUCUAAUCCCAGCAAAUUAGGAUGCUGAGGCAGGAGGAUUAUAAAUUCAAGGCCAGCCUCAGUAACUUAAUGAAAUCCUAAGCAAUUUAGCAAGCACCUAUCUCAAAACAUAAAAGGAUUGGGGAUCUAGUUCAAUGGUAAAGUGCCGGGGUUCAAUCCCUACUACCAAAAAAAUAAAUUACAUUGAAGUCCCUUUUUUGCCAUGUAAUUUAAUAUACACAGGAAUAGAACCAUUAGGAUAUUGUAAUCUUUGGGAUCCAUUUUCAGUUUACUAUAAUAUUUUAUCUAAGAACUGAAAAAAAAAAUUUAAGUGCUUAAGGAUAAGGGCAUAAUUCCUAAUAUUACAACUAUAAUUUCACUCCUUUUCCACUUGAGAAAGUUUAUUGGAAUUCAAUGAUAAUAGUCAUCUUUAUUAUAACAGUAACCUAGAUUUGCUCCACUCUAUAAUUUUUUUUUUUUUUUAAAUGUAAAUAUUUAGUGCUGGGAAGCAAAAUUAGAAUCUUGGGCAUACUCUACCACUGAUCUAUACCACCAGCCCUCCCAUUUAAAGUAAAUUAUUCACAAACUUUGAUACUUUGUUAUAGACUGGCUGUAUGGAAUUGCCAAUAUUUGAUUGUUUCUGACUAUGAACCCAGAAAUUUGAUACAUGUAUCCUACUACUAAUAAGUUAAAACACUCUUCAUAUUAAUUACAUGUUACAAUUGAUAGAAAUAUAACAAGGAGACUGCUAA